AACGUGACUGCUGUCUCCAGUGCUGUCUUACAUCGAUGCCUUCAUCGAGCAGAUCUUUAAUGACUUGCACACACAGAAGCUUCAUCUUGACGCUCGACUGUGAAGAACAGCAGAGAAGGAAAUCAUUUCUGACAGCAGCAGGGCGCAGGUGGAGCUGCUGUCACGUGGCGUUGCGGCUUUCAGGAGGAGUCUUCAGCUGGAAAGGUUGGAGAUGAGAUGAGCUCGCGUUAUUCUGAGCGGAUAGAUUGUGUUGGACCAUGAUGCUACGGGAUUAUUUCUCUUUCCACAUCAAGGGAAAUCUGGCGUAUCCUUUGCUUGUAUAUGGAGUGUGCUUUCAUUGCGCGUUUUGCUCUUAUAAUCCCAGAUUAACUCUAAAACAAGAUGAUGCUCUUCUUUUAUACAACAGAAAUUAUAGUCAUACAGUCUUAUUCCAUCAGAAAGGAUCAAAAAGUCUGAUUGUAGGAGGAAUAAAUCAACUUCUGCAUUUUGAUGUAGACAGUCGUCAGAUUGUGGAGAACUUUACUCUGAAUCCAAGAUGUGUUGAGGGCUCCUGUGAAAAUGUAGUGACAGUAAUUGAAAGAUUUGAAAACUACACAUUUGUGUGUGGGACGAAUGGAGAACAGCCACAGUGUUGGAAACUGUUUCCCAGAGAAAGCAAUAAAUCCACAGAGGGUGUAGAUGGCACAGGAAUCUCACCUCAUACAGGUUCACAAAACGUCUUGUCGCUGGUGGCAGAUGGAGAUCUCUAUGCGGCAGCUCCUUUAUACAGUGAUGGAACCCUGCUGCAGUUUCGCAGAAAAGCUGGAAAACGAACCAGCGUAUGGAUGUAUGAUCAAUGGGUCUCAGAACCCACUUUUAUUUCCAGUUUUCUGGCCCAGCGCAAGAAUGACUCCUUAAAUGAGAAGAUAUAUGUCUUAUUCCGUGAGAAAAACUCAGACACGAGUCCAGAAGCUGACCCUUGGAUAUCUAGAGUGGCCAGAGUGUGUAAGGUCGAUGAGGGUGGUCCCAAGCAGUUGCUCCAGAACAUCUGGACCUCCUUUCUGAAGGCACGACUUGUGUGCGGGAUUCCUAGAGAGUCGCUGUAUUUCAACCGUUUACAGGACAUUUUCAUCCAACAUGCUGAUGACUGGAGGGAUUCACGAGUGUAUGCACUUUUCUCCAGCAGCUGGAACUCUACUGCUGUGUGCAUUUACUCGUUGGCAGAGCUUGAUGAUGUUUUUGAGCAUUCCUCCUUCAAAGGUUAUUCUGAGGCCAUACCCAUCCCAAGACCAGGAACUUGUGUCAAACAAAGCAAUUUCAUUCCAAUUUCUACCCUUCAAAUCAUUAAAGACCAUCCAGAGAUGAAGGACUGGAUUCAACCCAUUCAAAAAGAAACGCCCUUCUUCACAAGUAAUAAGAACUUCACCAAGAUAGCUGUUGACCGAGUCCAAGCUUCAGAUGACAACUUGCACAAUGUGCUGCUGCUUGCAACAGACAAUGGAGUGAUCCUUAAGAUACUGGAAGAUGGCUCCAAAGCAUUCAUCAUCUCUGAAACGCAUCUGUGCAAUGGUUCAGCACCCGUACAUUCGAUGAAACUCGACUCUGAGAAGAGGAAGCUGUUUGUAGGAUACCCUGGACAAAUUUCCAUCUUAGACCUUCAGAGAUGUGAAGAUUACAAUGCUUCCUGUGAAGAAUGUGUCCUUUCCCGUGAUCCAUACUGCGCUUGGACUGAACAAGGCUGCACAUCACAAACUAGAGGAGGAAUACAAAACAUUGCUGAUGGACUCACUAAAGUAUGUCACCGAAAAUCAGGUGGAAGAUUCACAAGAGAAGUGAAACAAUCACUGACAGCUCCAUUAAGGAUUCAACACUCUGUGCACACUGGCAUUCCCUUCUACCUCUCUUGUCCUGUCGAUUCCAAUCAUGCCACCUACAAAUGGGAACAUAAUCAAACGAGCAUCCCAUGCAAGCAGACCCAAUCAGAAUGUCUCCUCCUCAUUCCAGCCAUGACGAAUGGCAUGUAUGGUGAUUACAAAUGUACAUCCCAUGAACUCGAUUACACCAGAACUGUGAGAGAAUACAGAGUUGAAUGGAGAAUGGAGAAUGGUGCUUUCAAGCUGAGAGCCCAGAACUGGUUAAUGGCCACAUUUGUCACUAGUGCCUUCUAUCUGCGCUCACUUUAAGGUCAAGGUAGUUAUAUAAAAGUCAGUGCUUCCAUCUUAAAGCUUUUCUGAUGACCUAUAAACUGAUUAAAACCAUCAGUCACACGUUGUCAGGCGCCAGUGGUCUUAUCAAGUGAAGUUUAUAGGCAAGUAAACACUGAAGUAAAAGAUAGCAUCUGUCCUAGCAGACAACUCGCAAUUAUAUGGUUGCCAUCCCUUGAGUGGCUGUUGAAAGUAUACAGUGUGGUCCAAAGUCUGAGACCACAAUGAAAAUUUGGACUUUCAUCUUUAAAAACUGGAAAUACUAUGACAGUUUUAGGAUUUAGAAUUGUUUUAACAAACAAAAGCUGGUGAAGGAAAAUGAAGAUGAAAUAUGUCAGAUGAUGCACUAUUUCUAGGUCGCAAGAUGCUUUUGAAAAUAUUCAUCAAUAUUGUUACAUAAUAUAAUACACCAGUAGAUGGCAACAAGUGAAUGAAGUAAGCCGUUGAAUCAGUCAUUCAACCAAUUUGUUAACAGAAAUGCAAAUUCUUUCAGACUUUGUUUCAAACUUUGUUUUCAUUUGUGGAGCAAAAAGGCUUAACCCUCAUCC